AUGUCCAUAAAGGAAAAUUUGUCUUUUAUUGACAUUAAAAAGGAUAAAAAAGAUAAUAAAAAUAUUUUUAAAAAUUCCUCAACUAUAACAAGGUCUAGAGCAACAUCAUUUUCUUCAAUAAAAUCGCAUACAAUAAACACAACAAAUGAAAAUUCAUCUUCUAGACGAGCAUCAAAAGCAUUGUCGAUAAUAUCAGAUACGAAUGCUUUUAAUCCUUCUACUCCUGUCAAAUCUCGUACAUUACCUUUACCCAAUAGUAAAAAUAAUAACAAUAAAAAAGAAAUUGAAAAAAUCAUUUAUUCUGCUAAACAAAAACAAUUUUCAAUGAUUACACAAUCAAAUUCAACAUCAAAAUCAUCCAAUGAGUUUAUAAAAUCACAAAAUUCAGGUGUAAAAACAUCUUCGCCAACUACAAAGCCUCCUGCUGCAAGGAAAAAUAACACGACAAAAAAACCAACAGCAAUAACUACUACUAAUAAUUUGACAAGGAAAUCUUCAAAAGACAGUGAUGCAACAACUACUACAACCAUUAAUCAUAGAAUCUCCCCAACAUUAUCUACUUAUACAAUUAAUACUGAAACUAAUUUGGAGGAAAUGGAUUUAGAUCAAUUAGAACAUCUAUUUUUGGAUGGUAAUCGUUCCCCAUCUUUAUUAUCAAAUUAUUCUUCAUAUGUGCCAUGGAAACCCGGUGUUCCGAUUAAGCAACAAGACCCAUUAUUAUUAUCGAAAGAAGAAGAUGUAAUUGGGACCGCUGAUUGUGGAGACCAGUCUCUAGUUUUAACUGAUCAUUUUAUUGAACUGGAUGAACAAAUGAAAACAGGAUUGAAAUUAAUUCAAGACGCAUAUAACAGAAAAUUUUCUUCACUGUCUAAUUCAUUGGAUCAAGAAAAAAAAAAG